AUGUUCGAAUUGCCUCGCGUGGACGAGCGAGGCACACCUGGUGGAAUGCCAAGCGAGGGGCGGGCGUGCGGUGCUGCUGCCGAAUUCGGUCGUGAAAGGAAUGAAGGGUUGGGAGGAAGCGUGUUGCGCACGCUACUUUUUUGUGGGGAGGGUGGGAGGCUGGGGGGACGAGAACCUGAUUAUUUGAUUUGGCCGUUGGCCCAAGGGGCUGCUGCUGAAGCGCCCGCGAUGUUGUGUGUGUACACUGUAGAUUAUUUGGGUCGGAGGCGCGCUGAGGUCGGCGUGUACUCGCGACUCCGGUGA